GUCAAUACUUACACAUUUAUACUUGAAUCCAACAAAUAACAUCAAUAUUUAACUUUUAUACUCAUAAAAUUAAUAAUAAAUUUAUUUUUAUCAAUUAAAUUUACUAAAAUAAGGUCAUUUUACUUAGAGAUUCGUCUACCGAUCAUGACGGUCAUACCGGUGGUGUCAUGCCGGUUUUAUGACGGAUAUCAGUUCAACCAGAUUCAACUUGUGGCACUCUGGCCGGGAACGGCUACGGUGCUAAUUGUACAAUAGUUAGCACCGUCCUAACCAAGGGGAAAACUACUACUAGUUUGAAUUAGUAGUGAUUUAGCUUAGAUGUUGUAUUGAUUUUAUAAUAAUCCGUAGUGAUUUUUGCUAGUUAUCACGGUGCUAAUCCUUAUUAAUCCCAUCCCACUCUGGCCGGCUUGACUCUCUUAGAAUCUCUUAGAAGACAAUCAACCGCCAUUGUCCUCUCCACUCCAGCUCCACCAUUUUUCUUAUUGCUGCCUCUGAUCAGAUCACCAGAAGAUAUACUUCGGGACACGACGCGGUCAGCUCGCCGUCGCGAAAAAAGGUGCGAUUCGGAAAAUUUUCCUUUUCAAUCGGCUAUUUAUGAGUGACGGGGAAUGAAUCGGAAUCCUCUGGCGGAGGCGUCAAGCAUGGAGGACACCAAAGCUCGCUCCGGCAUCACAGCCAGCGGUUCUCCCGCCGGGGAAUCAUGGAGUCACAGAGGCGGAGGCAAGGAGGACCGGCUGAUCAGGAACUCGAAUGGCGGUGGCUCGGAAGGCGAGGAGUAUGACAAGGAGGCCUGGGACGCGCUGAGCAAGAGCUUUAGGCAGGCGCAGUGCGUUUUGGACCAGAAUCGGGGCCUGAUAGAGCAGGUGAACGCAAACAACCAGUCCAAGAUCCCGGAGAAUCUCACCAAGAACGUCUCCCUGAUAUGCGAGAUCAACGGCAACAUCUCCAAGGUCAUGUCCAUUUACUCCGAUCUUUCUGUCAAUUUCACCAGGAACGCCGCCGAAGCAAGUGUUGGGAUGAAUAGCCUUGAAAAGCUAUAUAUGAAAUUCCUAAUUAAUUAUCCAGUAUUUUCCCAUAAUACAUAAAUAAGAUGGAUAAUUAAUAAAAGGAAUAUUAUGGAGAUAAUUAGGAAUAAUUAUCUUAAUAGAUUAUAUUUUAAUUAUGGGAGUAAUUAUCUCCCUAAUUAAAAUGUGACUUAUUCCCAAAGAAAGAGGGAAUAUUCUGGGUUUUCUGCUCCUAUAAAUAGGAGACGCCCCAGACCCUCUUAACACACCUCAGAAGAGCAGAAACACGAGAGAGAGAGUGAAUUCAUAGAGCUCCGGUUUUUCGCACAAAAUCGAUGAGCAAGAAAACUAGAAUGGCUGUUUUAUCCUGGAGGCGACCGGCUGAUAGUCUGCUGUGCGCAAUACGAGGCAGUGCCGCGAACGUCUUAAAGAGAGCGACCUAGUCCGCGACUCAGCCAGAUCGGUAACCCUAAUUUUUCUGUUCGGUUUCUAACAAUUUUAAGACGUUUGGUUGCUGUCGUAUAUACUGAACAUGAUAUCGAUUUGAUCUCGACCGAUUAUGGCGUUCAUGGUCGCUCUAUUCAUCGGAUCUAUUACUUCCGUCUGCCCCUUUCGGUGGAACCGACUGCUUUUGAGAGCUAAGUGGACGAUUAUGAAUUCCUUUUGUUUGUUAAUUGUCCGCUUUUGAUUCGGUUUCAACUAAUACUUCCGUAUGAGUAAUGGAUACUUUAGCACCAUAGAGAGAAAGGUCAGGAUACUUAUACGGAGAAGGAGCAAAGCUUGGAUUAAUUGCAGCCACUCAAUUUCUAUCUUAGGGUUUUGCUUGUGAUCUAAUUAAUUCGUGUCCAUGCAAAUGAAUCGUAAGCCUAGAUGAAAAUUCCUUCCUAAUUCCACAGUGGAAGAAGCAGCACGUGAUGAAGCUUGUUGGACUCCAUGGAUGAGUUACGCUGGACAAGUGGCGGGUUGCAUUUGUGAUUGGAGGAGAGAAAAGAAGGGAGUGAUUCUGUGCCCUUCUCAAUAUAAUUUCGCGAGUGUUUUUGUGCCCUGAUUCAAUUGUCCAUUAAUCAUUCCUGUGCAAAUUGGAAUUGAUUGUUUUUUCCACAAGGCUCGAGAUUUACUUUAUGCCCUCAAUUUUUUGAGGCUAAUGGUGUGCCGCGGGAAAAGUACAUGUCAAGUGGUAUACCGCUGCUUUUAUUGUUGCACCUGCUUACCUUACAACUUGUUUUCCUUGAAGCUGAUUCGAGCAAAGAGAAAGAAGUUCCGGAUUAAUCACAUGCAUUGUGGAAGGAAACUAUGUCCAAGACGAAGGGCAAAGUUUCGAAUAGAACGAAUUGAAACAAAGCUUUGGGGGACGAAAGAAGUGGCAUUGGACGGAAUAGAAGGCGGCUGUGAAAGAAGCUAACAGCUUCUGUUCUCAAACCCUAAGACUAUUUCACUAUGUUUUUGUUCUCGAACAGGAAAAGGGUGGAAUCUAAUACCCUGGGUGAUUACAUAUCCACCGAGAGGCACAAUUCGGAUCUUCCUACCAGGCCAUUAUUCUAUCGAUGACCUUGUUGAUUCGUUGGUCAAAUUAAUGCUAUGGGCUGGGAGGCUAAGGAUGUUGUUACUACUGGCCGGUGGAAUAAAUGGAAGUGGAACAAAGCAAUCCAUAAUUUAAAGAUGCCCCAGGUUUGGGUUGUUUGUGAACGACUUUGGGCUAUUGCGACAAAUCAAGGCCCAUUUCGUAUGCAUGGAAGCUGUAUGUACCACUGUACCAGGUAUUUGUGGUUAGUUGAGAAAGCAAAGACUUCUUGAAAAGAGGUAUUCCUAACUUUUCACUUGAGUUAUUAAUAAAUGACAAAUUAUAAUCUAUGUCAUAUGGAUAUAAGCAUGGAAUUGAGAAUCCGUGUGAAUGCUAGACAGGAAUACUAGAACUGAUGCAUGAUAAUGGUACAUUGAGAUGUCAUGUUUGAUGAUUUGAGUACAAUUUUAUGUACAUUUGUGAAAUAGAAUGAUUUUGUCUAAAUGCAUGCAUAUAUGUGAAGAAUAUAUGGGAAUAGAAUGG